AGUUGGCCAUCGUUCAAAUCAGUUCACAGCCAAGUUCGGUAUCUAGAGCAGCAUUCGUCCAACCAAACCCCAAAACAAUGGCAUUCAAAUUCACCAUUCUCUUCGCCGCCUGCAUCGCUGUCGCCAGCGCUGGAGUCGUGCCCGUAGCCGCGCCCUUGGCCGCCGUUGCCCAGGUGGAGGAGUACGACCCCCAUCCCCAGUACACCUACGGAUAUGACGUUAAGGAUGCGAUCUCUGGCGACUCCAAGACCCAGGUGGAGACCCGUGACGGCGACAUCGUCCAGGGCCAGUACUCGCUGAAUGAUGCCGAUGGCUACCGUCGCAUUGUGGACUACACCGCCGACCCAGUCAACGGCUUCAAUGCUGUGGUGCGUCGCGAGCCACUGGUCGCCGCCGCUCCCGUUGUCGCUGCCCCCGCUCCAGUCGUUCGCGCUGCACCCGUUGUAGCCGCUCCCGCUCCAGUCGUUCGCGCUGCUCCCGUUGUGGCUGCCCCGGCUCCCUUGGCCUACGCCGCUGCUCCGGCUCCCAUUGUCAAGGCAGCUCCGUUGAUCGCCGCUGGCCCAGCUAUCGUCAAGACGCAGUACGCUUCGCCUCUUAUCUCGUACGCCUAUUAGGUCUCCAAAUAGGCGCUGUCCGACCUGAUAAUUGCCGUUAGUUGUUAUUGAAUAAAGAAUGUGAUGUCAUAGAA